AUGGCUGCUCUAGCUGUAGGCUCUCUUGAAGGCCCUCAUGUCGGGGCAGAGGAAGAUUCGCAGCGGCUUCUGAAAACAGACAGCCCAGAGAAGCAAAAUGCACUCAUGCUGCGGGUCCGUUCCUCCCAAGCCUGGUGCCUGGCCCUUAUGGGGACGCUGGCCCUGGUGCUUGGCGCCGGUCUUACAUACAAGUCCGGUGUUCUUGGCCCUCCUCGCUCAGAUGUGUCCCCUGGGCCGAUGGAGCCCUCGGAAGGCAGUGGCCUGAUUUGGCUGGCCAAGCAUGUCGGAAAGGAGCUGCCUGCAAAUUUUGAGGACACCAUGGUCUCUCGUGGGCCGACAGGGCUGGCGGCUCCCUCUGCGUCCAAGCGAAGUCUGCGAGACAUCGUGCGGGCCAUUCGCAUCUACAGGUCGAGGAGGAAGGAGGAAAGCCAGAAGUUGAACACCGCGAAUUGCGUGAACACCGUCUGGGACAUGGCGAAUUUCAUGGGCUGGGCCGGCCUUUCAAUCGAUGCUCUCGCAAUCAAGGGCCUUUGCCCCGACAAGGCGGAUGACAAGAGCUGCGGGGCGACCUCCGUCAGCCUCGCUGUCAACCUCUUGUGGGUCUUGGCCAAUGCUGUGCAGAUUCCUUUGUGGUGCCUGCCUUCUGACGCCCCUUUGGAAAACAGCGCGCAAGUUGGCUGCGUUGGAACGAUGGCCACUUUCUUUGCAUCGAUCUUGCAGAUCACUUCAGAUGGCUUGGCCAUGAGAACCGCGUGCGAUCUGGGACCCAAGCUCGAAGACUUUAUCCCUGCAGUGGCGGACUUCAAAGCAAAAGUCCAUGCGCGGAUUCUUGAUCUUAAGUCCCAGCCUUUUGAGCUUCCAAGCCAACCUCGCCACCAACAGUCUCGGAACGGCACAGCUCUCCUGCCACCGGAAAGGUGGCAAGACCUUCGGGCAAGGUUUCUCCAGGACAUCGCCUUGCUCGGCCCAGACGAGACCCGAAAGAACGAGCUCGGCGCGUGCGCGAUGAUGACCAUGCAAAUCGUGAACGACUUCCCCUUCCUGGGCAUCGACGUUUGGUCGGCAACAAUGGAUUGCAAGAAGGCCGCGACGGUUAACAAGCUUAACAAGGACUACGGCUUGUUUCAGGGUGACAUGCCCGAGAGCACCGUGAAGGCGUGCACCUCCGACUCCCUGGGAAUCAUCGGCAGUUUUGUGAACCUGGCUACUGACAUUGCUGUACUGAUCUCGGUCUGCCCGGGCCCGAAGUCUCGCCCAAAGAAGACUCCAUGCGUGGCAGCUUCCACCGACAUCACCUCGCUGGCCUUCGGCCUCGGGGGCUGGGCGACCACGGUGGACGAGAGUUGCAACAGCGGCAUGUACGAGCCCCCGAAGGAGAAGCCGCCCAAAGGGGAGAGGACGGCACAUGUCGGUGCCAGCGUCGGGCGGGCGCCGAACUUCUCGCGCUACCCAGGUGGCGAGGAGGACGUCGCUGGCCUUGGUGCUGGCGACUCUGAGCUGUUGGCCAAGUUCCUAACAGAGGAGGAGGCGGAUGGUGCCUUCAAGGCCCUCUGUCCGGGAGGUGAGAUUGAGUACCAGCAGUGGUACCACAUGCCAGACAAGAAGAAGCCUUAUGAGCCAUUGAAGCGUUUGCAGCGGGUGAAGGUGGCUAUGGCGGAUCCCGAAGAACAAGGACUUCCCUGGUAUCGCUUUCCCGUCAACGACCAGCAGCGGUACGGGAUCCUCCCCAUGUCACCGACUGUGCGCAUGCUCUGCGAUCGCGUGAACAAGCGGCUCGACGCAUCCUUCAACCAUGCGGUUGUCCUCUACUACGCUGACGGAAAUGAGUGCAUUGGGUACCACAAGGACAAGACGUUGGAUUUGGAUGAGAACUCUUCCAUCGUCAGCAUCUCACUGGGGCGCCCGGGGCGGCCAUACGUCUUGCGAGAUGAUAUCUUCAACCCCACGACUGAAAUGGAGGUGUUGCUUCCCCAUGGCGGCCUGUUUAAGCUCGGGCCGCAGACCAACAAGACAUUCUACCAUGCUGUGCGGCAAACUCCCGCUGCGGAGAACGCCGGAGCACGGGUGUCGGUCACGUUCCGCCACGUGACCUCGUACGAGAAGUCCGGCGCGCUGACUGGUAAAGGCUCGGAUUUCCCGACACUGAACUGGCCUGCGCAGCUGAAUGGUCAGCACCGCCUUGACGAAGAUCUGGACCAGGAACUCGAGCGUCCCGAGACGACGACGACACCGAAAGCAUCAACUGCUACAAAGAAGGCCACGGGGCCGCAGCUCUCGUCGGCGGAUGUCGAGCUCCUCCGGGAGUGCCUUGCCGAGGCGUCGCUGGAGGACUUUUUCGAGGCAAACGACCUCAAGGGUGCGGGACUGGCAGCGCGCGCGUUGCUGCUUGAAAAGGUUGGAGAGACCCGCAGCGCUGCGCUCUCUAAGGCGCUGGGCGGCCGCAUUGGCGAGGCCUACCAUACCUGGAAGAAGGCGAAGCAGGCCCAAAAGGAGCCUCCAGCUGCCAAGCCCGUAGCUCCGCAGGAGCCCGGGCCAACAACCCCCGCACCAGCUCAGCCGGUCUCAGCAGCCCCGGCAUCGGCACCCCGCUGGUCGCUGGGCGCGCUGAUGUCGCGUUGGCUCUGGGGCGAGCCAGACCCUACUCCGGAGGAGUUGCUUUCCUUCUGGUUCGGGGACGAGCCCUACAAGUUUCGGGGGGGCCUCUGGUGGCGAGGAAUCGAUCCGGCCAGCCCACACGAUGGCCAGGAGGGCACCGACAAGCGCAUCUUUGACAAGUACAGCGCGCUGAUUCGCAGCUGCCAGAAGGGUCUCGCCUCCUCCAAGGUUGCUUCGUGGACUGGCACUACGGCUGGCACUGCCGCUCUGGUGGUAUUGCUUGACCAGAUGCCCCGAAACGCUUUCCGUGGGACUGCAGAAAUGUUUGCCUACGAUGUCCUGGCGCAGGACAUCGCCAAGGAGUUGCUGAAAUGCGAGUCCCUACCCUGGCCUCACGCGACCUUCGCCCACGUGGCGCUGAUGCACUCCGAGGAUGUUGCGACGGUGGAGGAGGCAGCUUUGGGUCUUCUGCGCCUGGCCAGCGAAGUGGAGCCGCACAUCGCGAAUCGCUUGAAGUCUAUGCACAACGAGGCCAAGACGCACAGCUCAGUGCUGCGCAGCUUCGGCCGUUAUCCCCACCGCAACGAACUCCUCGGUCGCCAAAGCUCAGAUGCGGAGCUCGCUUGGCUCCGCCCCAAGAACCUUCCUUCAUGGGCCCAGUCCGUUCGCCCAAAGUAUCAGCAGAAGCUGGAGCCCAGCACCAAGGAGGCGGAGAUGGUUCCGGCUGUUGAGAGCGGCCCGAAGCUCCGCAUUCUCGUGCUCCACAGCAAUCGCCAGAAUGCAGCCGACUUCAAGCGCAAAACUCGCUCGCCGCUGCAACCCCUGGAGGCGGUUGCAGAUCUCCACUUCCUGGACGGGCCACAUGCCUACACGCCGAUGGGGGAGGCAAAUGACUCCAUUGGGAAGAUGGGUGCCAAUGCUCCGAAGAACCGAUCCUGGUGGAAUUCCACCGAUGACCCAGCCACGAUGCGCUAUGUGGGCAUUGAAAAGACCCUCGAGCACGUUGAGAAUGCUUUCCGCGAGCAUGGGCCCUUCGACGGCAUCAUCGGCUUCUCGCAGGGCGGAUGCCUCGCGGGAGUGCUUGCAGCGAUGCAGCCGCGUGGGCACAUAAAGUUCAGCUUCUGCGUCACCAUUUCAGGCUUCUACUGCCGGGAUGUGGAGUACUGCAAGCUCAUGCUCGAAGAGGUCCCGAAGAAUCACCGCCCCGAAGAGGUCCAGGUCAAAGCGGGGGCAAUCUCAAUGCCCUCCUUCCAUUCCUGGGGUCUCGAGGACCAAUUGGUGGAGCCAUGGCGUUCCGAGAAGCUGGCGGAAAGCUUCAAGGAUCCCCGUGUGGUUCCGCACAAGGCGGAUCACUUUGCUCAGGGGCGCCUUCAUUGGCCAAUUGCCAGCAUUGUCCAGUGGCUGAAGGAGACGGGGCUCCUCAAGCUUGCGGCAGCGCGACCGGAAAUUCCGAAGCAGGAGGACAAGUCAACUUGGGCGCGGCUGAUGAAAGGGAGCGGCGUGGCCGGAGUCACCAAGGAUGAUGUGGAAGAGGUGGUGGCAGAGGCCCUUGAUUCCAAGUCCUUGCAGCAGCUGGUGGAUCGGGCGCUAGCGCUGCUUCCGUGGAACUCGAAAGUGGCGCAGCCACAGGCGGCUUAUUGGAUCAUCAUCGCCGUGGCCACGAACCCCAACUACGAGAACCAAGCCACUCUGCUCCCGGAGCUUGUGGCAACAGGUGGAUGGAAGUCGGUCGUCCAUCUGCAGACCUUCUUAGAGGAGCAGGAAUCCACUCCGGCCAACGAGUCGCUGCAAACGGCAAUUGUUCAGCUGUUCGGGAAGCAACUGUCGGAGGACGCCAGCGUGGUCAACGAAUGGCGAGCCUGUGAGGACGACCACAAAGCACUGGGGAUGCAGCCGGCCGUGAGCGCGUGUGCACGACACGCCCCGCGCUUCGGCGGCUCCGUGCGCAAGCUGGCGCUGCGGGUGGCUGCCGAUGUCCAUUCCCGCAACGGUGGACAUGUAGGGGAUGACUUGCGGCAGCAGCAGCCGGAGCUCAGCGUGAUGUACCGCAAGCUGCUGAGCGACAUCAUCACGCUUCUCGAUGAGUUCUCCGAAGCCGGACUGGCCCAUCAGAAAGGCGAUCGCCGCAGCCAGUGGCGUUUGGGCGGUCUUGACCUGAAGACGUUUGGAGAGCUGCGCGCCUCUCCACUGUCGGAUGCCGUGCUCCACCCGGAGCCGCAGCCGGUCGACAUCUCGACAAAGGAGGAGAUGAUGCCGCUUUACAGCUUCCUGCAGAGCGGGGAGAACUUCCAGCCCAACAUCAACGACGACCUGGUCUUUACCAAGGGUACCAUUACCCGUGACAAACGGCUUGACUUGUGCAAGCAAGUCAUUGGCCCCCAGGGCGUGGAAGACUUGAUGCAAGCUCUCUUCGUGAACCAGGAAGCUGGAUUGGUGCAGCACUUGCUCCUGGGAAACAACGUUUGUGGCAACGACUUGCCCCGCCGCAUCGCGGAUCUCAUCCGUGAGGACAAGGCUUCCCUGAGCACCUGGUACAUUGCCGGAAAUCGCAUCACCGCAGAGGGCUUGAAGCCCCUCUGCGAGGUGCUGCGAGGUGACCAGGUCGUCCAUCAGCUUUGGUUGAAGCGCAACCCGCUGCACAAGGAGGGAGCAGUCCUCCUGGCAGACAUGCUCCGCAGCAACCGGACGCUGCAGGUCCUAGACUUGGUGAACUGCGGGCUGAUGGAUGAGGGCGCCGAGGCGAUUGUGCAGGGCCUUGAGGGCUCCAGCCUCAAGCACCUCUACCUCGAUGGCAACGGCCUCACUGCCAAGACCGCUGGGAUGAUCGCCAAGGCCGGGUCGGACCUGGAAACGCUGUCUCUGGGAAUGAACCGGCUGUACGACGAGGGCGCCGCUGCCGUGGCAGAAAACCUGAGCCCUAGCGUGCGCCGGCUUUGCCUCGCGGCCGUAGGCAUGGGCGUGCCGGGUGCCAAAGCUGUCGGAGAGCUGCUGAAGAAGAACCGCACGCUUCGAUUCCUCGACUUGGGCUUGCUGAAGGCGACAGGAGCCCUCAAGGAGGUACCGAACCGCAUCACGGAUGAAGGCACUGAGAUCAUAGCGGGAGCGUUGGAAGAGAAUAAGAGCCUGAAUGCCCUGCUUCUCGUGCACAACACGAUCCACCAGGCCGGCAUCAAGGCCUUGCAGGUGGCGAUCAGCAAGCACCCUUGCAUGGUCAAGCUGGAGCUGGAGCAGCUCGGCAUCCCGUUCAACGAGCUCACACGUGAGGAGAUUCGACACCGGCUGGCCUCGAAUCGCCGAAAACUCCAAGAGGAGCCAGCCGAGUGGGCGCAGGUCAAAGAAGCAUUGGACCCCAAACACCUCGAGGAAAUCAAGUCGGUGUACCGCAUGGGCAACACCUACUCUCCGGGCCCAAAUGCUGAUCCAGACUUCUGGUGA